UGAAGAAUUUGCCAGGCAGCUGUGAUGUUUGCAUUUUUUAAAAUCGUUGCUAUGCGAAGCUGACUGGUCAGCAGCAGGUUACGUCAUAGAAGCGGGAAAAGCACCAUCUCUGAUUGGCUGCCACGUACUACCAAGUCGUCGAAGCUUCUGGAACUUUCUGCUUCCGAGUCUGCUUCGGUCAAGCUUUUCUCUUGUGCGAGACUUGGCGAUUUGGAAGUUUUCCACUGCUGCCUGCUGCGAUUCUCACCUCUGCAUCACCACAUCAUCUCAGACCUCUUUAUCCUACAGACACAUAUUUUAUCUACAUAUUCAGACAAGUUCUUUUGCACAUAGUAACAUUCAGUUACACGCACGCACACACACACACACACACACAUUUAAAUAACCACCUUUCCCCCCCCAGGUGUCUUCUUUUUUUCUACUGUGGUCUUAUAGGAUGCCCCGUCGAGGACGACGCUCGGAGGCGGCCAAGGUGAGAUGGAGGAAGCUGGAGAGUGUGCCGGUCGUCGCCAAGCCUGGGACACCAACGCUCGCACCCAGCGCUUGGAACCCGACUCGGUCUCCGCCGACGAAGACGUCCCGACUGCUGGAGGGUGGCCUGCCCUACCAGAUGUCGCCCGUGGUUCGUCAGGACGAGGAGCCCCGUGGGCAGUCGACUUCUCCGGAGUCGCGUCGUGGGACGGGGCGUCGCCAUCGCGUGGAGACGUGGCCAGCUUCCCGGGUGACCAGACGGAGCUGCAAGUUGGUUCUGCCUACUGCCGAGGCUCUGGAGAAGAAGUUUGCUCUUUUGGUUGGUGAUUCCCAUCUGCGUGCUAUUGUGGAUGGGUAUUGUACCAUGCCAAAGGGCAACUUCUUCUUAGGGAUGCUUGCAUCUCCCGGAGCUUCUGCGGAAGAGUUGCGGCUUGAGGUGCUGGAUGCAGUUCUGCCUCGGCCCCCCGAGGUGAUCUGUCUUCUGGCCCCAAGUAACAACUUGACCGCCAGCAGGACCUUCGUGGAGGCCGGAGCGGCGUUUGACGCUUUGUUGCGUGCAACUCUCUGCUAAUGUAAGUAUAAUAUCCACUGCAUUUAUCCAUAAUCAAAUAUAUCAGAAAACCUGGCAUAUGUUAAUUUGUUCAUUUACUUGUCUCAAUUUUUACAGGUGGUCGUUGUGGACUUUCCCCCACGCCUUGGCGUGAAGGAAAGUGUGCAACAGCUGCUGCGGCAGGAGUUUCAACGUGUGGCUGCUCAGAGAGGUGUUCGGUACUUGCCUGUCACUGAACACUUCCCGUUGAGCAGCCUAGCCUUGUGGAGCAGGGACGGCGUUCAUUUGAGCGAUCGUCCUGGGAUGGAGGUCCUUUCUCAGUUGCUUGAGGCGGCGGUCUCUUCGCAACUUGAGUUAAGUGCACCGAAAUCUCCAGCUCCUGUGAUGUUGGCUCCUCCCCCUCCUGGGACGGCAUCCCCCCCCGCGGUGAGACGUCCCCUGCCCCGGCUGGUUGUGGUUGGUGAGGUGGCUGCUCCUCGUCGUUCUGACCCCUUCGCCUGGACUGUGGUUGGUGGUCGUAAGUCGCCUCGCGGGGGCCAGGUUGGUGAUGGCUAUCCACAGGCCACUGGGAGGAUGGUUGACCAACAGGGAGACCUGCUGGAUUCUUCCAUCCCCCCGAAUCCUGUGUGGUUCAGCCCAACGUUGCUGGAGGAGAUGGACCGGAUCGUUCCUGCGUCUGGCCUUGACGCUCCGUUACCUACACGUUCUCCGACGAGGAAGAAGAAGACGAGUCCGAGGCGUCGUCCAAUUUCCGAUCCCUCCAAGCUGAAUCCGGUGGAGCGGCAGAUGGAGGGAGCGCCGAGAGAGACCACCACGCCAGCUCGUCGCCAGGCACGGAGUCCGGUCCCCCCGAUGGACGUCGAGUCCUCUUCCGUGCCACUGGAGGACCAUGUCCGGGAUGGGAGCUGCCAGACUUCUGCGCUGGAACCCGGUAUCAGCGGUCCACCUGUCCUGUCGGUAAGUGCCUCACAUUCUCAAGCCGACAAAAGGUAUGCUGCAUUUUCCCGCAAUCACCAGUGCACAUGCAUGGCACUCACAUUUUUAGCGUACCACAAUGAAGGAUUGCAGUUUGACACAGUGUUGCUUGACAGAGUGAUUGAAAAAGGAGACCAACUUUAUGUCGGCGUUAAACAGCAACUGAUCAGUGAUGGAACGUUUCGUGAUGAUCACUUGACCUUUGAAGAGAUGCCUGACCAUGUGCUGACAGACAGGAACAUCUACGCAGUACACACAACUGGUUUAAGGGUAGGUCAUGUUUUUGCUGGUAGCGGGAGCCCUCAAGGAUCUCGACAAUUGGGUUUGCCUCUUGCCCUGCAACUGGAAUGUCUGUCGGAAAAUGUCACCCAUGCUUUUCUUUUGGUGACUCCAGAAUGCAUUGCAGUUUUCAGGGACAGAUGCGGUCGGUUUGGAGUUUUUGAUUCCCACUCAAGAAAUUCAGCAGGCCUGCCCCACCCCAGUGGAACUGCAGUAAUGAUGACUUUCUGCAAACUGUCUGACAUGGUCAACCAUCUGCUGAAGCUUUUUCGAAACCGCGGCCCCAAUGCCACCUAUGAGUUUGUGCCAGUAGGUUUUGUCAGGGAGAAUUACAACCCCUCUGAGGAUUUGGCCUUUCAGAACGUUUCACCUGUAGCCACAAAGGUAAGUCCAACUGGUUUGAAGCAAAAGAGUCCCUCUGAUGAAAAGGAAAUGCCUCCUUGGCUUAGAGAAAUUGCAAACAUAUUAGAAGAGACAGUUCCAACCAUUCCAAAUGUGUCAAAAGCACCAAAAGCCAAGAGAAGAAAGAUUAGGGACAGGGUUAAAGCACAGCAAGGACAGAACGUAGAAACAAAAAUAAAACAAAGUUCUUAUGGAAAAGACAGAUAUGUAAAAUCUCCAACAUAUAGGACCAAAAAACUGCAGGCCUUGAAAAAAACAUACAUUCUUAAGCAGGCAGAGAGAAAGGACCAGCUCAACAAAAGAUACAAAUUAGAUGCACCAUUCCGCAUAGCUCGAAAAAAUUAUGAAUAUUUAAGAUACAACUACAUCCCCAGCUACAGAGCCAAACAUAAAGAAUACAUGCGUGAGUACAUAUGGCAACGAUUCAAAACCGAUCCCGUUUUCAAAAGCCAAAAAAAAAUAAACAUGAGUGAGCGUAUAAGGCAACGAUUCAAAAGUGAUCCUGAUUUCAGAAAACGACAAAAACAAAUUAUGAGUGAGCGUAUGAGGGAACGAUUCAGAAAUGAUCCCAUUUUCAGAAGCCGACAAAAAAGAAUUAUGAGUGAGCAUAUGAAGGAGAAGUAUCACAGAAAGCCUGAUUAUCGGUUCAAACAUAAUAAGAAAUGUGUUGCCAACAGGAGAAUCAGGCUAUCAAGGGAAGUAAUUUCCAAAAAACUCAAAUUGGAGCAUGCUUUGCGGAUCAGAAGGAAGUACAAACGAAAUGUAGGCUUCCAACUAGAAACACAACGCCCUCUGAUGAGUGACAAAAUGAAAGCUGCGAUACAAAACUUUUAUAAGAACAUUCAAAAUGGACCCACAUAUGUUUGCACUGUGUGUCACAGAGCUCUUUUCCCCAAUCAAGUAAAGCACUGUAAACGAGGUAAAUAUACUAAGAAUAUGCGUGUGGUAGCUGAUUGUCUAACAGGUACGUAUGUUCAUGUGUGUGGAUCUGCAUGCUCUACCCCAUGCUCUGUACCCGAAGAGAGGAUGGGGGAGUGGAUCUGCUACACAUGUGACAGCCAUCUAACUAGAGGAAAGAUGCCAUCGAUUGCUGCUGCCAAUAACCUUCACCUGGCUUCGGUUCCCACAGAGCUUGCGGAAUUGAAUGUACUUGAAAGGCAAUUAAUUGCAAAGAUUUUACCUUUUGCAAAAAUUGUUUCCUUGCCAAAAGGACAGCAAAGGGCAAUUCAUGGAGCUGUUGUUUGUGUUCCUUCUGACAUGGAAACAGUUGUAAACAGUCUUCCAAGGCCCCGUGAGGAAGCCCAGCUUUUACAGGUGAAGCUGAAGAGGAAAACCAAGUACAAAGGGUACCAAUACUUUUACACGGUCAAUAUGAAAAAUGUCUUGGGUGCACUAAGAAAGCUUAAAGAGAGUCACCCAGAUUACAAAGAUGUAACUAUAAAUGAAAGUGCAACAUUUGAGGGUUUCCAAGAUGACCAGCCAGUUGAGGAUGCUGAUCUACAGGCAGAGGAGGCUGAAAUGGAUGCAGCAACAGACCAGCAGCCUGACCACAUAGGGGCAGAGCAUCAGGCACUUCGCCCUGGUCUGAUCUUGGACACCUGCAUGCAGCCUCCUGACAUAGCACAGGAGGUAUUAUCAUAUGGAGAAGGGAUUUUCAGCAUUGCGCCGGCUCAGGGGAACAAGCCCAUCUCCUUCUUCAGUGUUCCAAGACUUGAAGCCAAGGCAUACCCUCACAUGGACAUUCAGUAUGUGCUUGAUGAGUACAGCUGCAUUGAGUACAUGAUGUCCUACAUAGCCAAGCCAGAGCAUGAAAUGGCGCAGUUCCUCAAGUCUGUUGUAGAUGAUUUAAAGACGGCCAAUGUUAGCCAACGCGACGAGAUGAAAAAGAUCAUGCAGGCUUAUUCAAAACAGAGAGAGACGAAGACGGUGUAA